AUGUCUACUUCUUCUUUGGCCAAUUUUCUUCGUCUUCUGCUAUUUUUGGCCACUGCAAAUGCCAUUUCUUGCACAAAAGAGCUUGAGACGGUUCAAAUGGCCCAUUCGGGGGUUCUGCAUGCAAUAGAAUGGGCUCAGGGUUUGAAGUUGCUUCAUGGAUCGGGCAGUCAUUCGAGUUCUAUUGGUGUGGCUAUAAGUGACUGUGUGAAACUGUACGAAGAUGCUGAGCCGAGGCUGGCCAUGUUAAUGUCUGGUGAGAGUUGUAGUUGCACCCAAGAUGAUGCAGUUACUUGGCUAAGUGCUGUGUUGGCUAGCCACAACAGUUGCUUGGAUGGGUUGAAAGAAAUGCGGUGGCGGUUUGACGAUGGAGUGGCAGAGAACUUGACGGCGGCGCUUCGGGGAGCUUUGGCAGUUCACCGGCACGGAAGCCACGCAAGGGGACAACAAAAUGGGUUUCAGAAGAGGCCUAAAACUGACCAAGUUGGGGGGACUUUAGCAUCAUGGAAUGCAGCAACCUCAAAGGCUGAUCUUGUAGUUGCUCAGGAUGGCUCAGGGAAUUACAAGACAAUUAAUGAAGCUAUGGCUGCACUUGCUAGAAUGCACACCAACCAGCCCGAAAGAACCGUUGUAUACGUGAAAUCUGGGGUGUACCAUGAGAAAGUCGAUGUAGGAAGGGACUUAAAGAAUGUGAUGUUUGUUGGAGAUGGCAUUGAUAAAACCAUCGUCACAGGGAACCAAAAUGUACAAGAUGGUUCGAGCACUUUAAGCUCUGCCACAUUUGUUAUAUCUGGUGAUGGCUUUUGGGCGAGAGACAUGACAUUUGAGAAUACGGCAGGCCCACAGAAACAUCAGGCAGUGGCACUGAUGGUAGCCUCUGACCUAUCGGUCUUUUAUCGCUGCAGCUUCAAGGGUUACCAGGAUACUCUUCUGGUGCACUCACUGAGGCAAUUUUAUCGCGAUUGCCAAAUAUACGGUACCAUUGAUUUCAUCUUCGGAGAUGCAGCAACAGUUUUGCAAAAUUGUGACAUCUUUGUAAGAAGGCCAAUGGACCACCAAUCCAACAUGAUUACUGCACAGGGAAGGGAUGAUCCAAAUGAAAACACGGGAAUUUCAAUCCUCAAUUCUCGGGUGGCGCCUGCAUCUGAUUUUCGUGCUGUUAAAGGUAGGUUCAAGAAUUAUCUAGGACGGCCGUGGAAGAAAUACUCGAGGGCUGUUUUCUUGAAGACGGAUUUAGAUGGGUUAAUUGAUCGAAAAGGGUGGAAAGAAUGGACGGGAGAUUUUGCCCUUUCAACAUUAUAUUAUGCAGAGUAUAUGAAUACAGGAAUUGGGGCUUCAACAGAAAAUAGAGUGAAAUGGUCUGGUUUUCAUGUGCUGAAGGAUCCCCAGGAGGCCAGUCCGUUUACAGUGAAGAAUUUCAUCCAAGGAGACUCGUGGAUUCCAUCCACCGGUGUGCCAUUUUGGGCUGAAAUUUAA